ACUAGCACACAGCUAGUCUGGCUUCCACCUGACUCCAAGGCAGCGACCUCCCGUCUGCCAGGCUGGAGCCCUCCUGACUCUGUUGCCGGGGCUGGAGCCCUCCUGACUCUGUUUGCCGGGGUGGAGCCCAGAAUCAUGGCCUGGCUUCCCCUAAAAGGCCUGCACACACCUGUGCAAUCAGCACGCUGGCUGCUCCCAAAAUAUGGGCCCAGGAUUGGAGAUUUCAUCCCUCCCAAAUCUCUAAGAAAUCUCCAGGCUACAGUCCCAAAACAGGCUUUACCAACCAAAGAGGAAACUGAUAAACCAGUUUCCUCUGCAUUA